UGAAUAGGUCGCAACUGCGAGGGGAAGGAGUGUCGGGGCUGUGGGGAAAGGGGAGUCGAACGCAGGCAAGGCAAGGCAAGACAGCCCAGACUUCUUCGCGUGGAACUGGAGGGGGAGCAGCAGCAGCAACAGGUUCCAUCCAUCGCCCGCCCCCGCCCGCUCUCCUGCGGCACCACCCUCCACCUGCACUCUCUCUCUCCCUUCUCUUCUCUCUUGUCUCUCUCUUCUCUGUUUCGCACAAUCUGUCCCCGUCAGGGCUCUUGCCCUACCCACCGAAGCAGGCUCUCGCACUGUGCUUGCUCGGUCUGCCCCCACUCCACACCACCCCACCCCCCUUCUCUUCCUCUCUCACCAAUCUCCUUUUAGUGGGGUGCAGGGCCCUGGUCUUGGAUCGCUGCAAUUCGUCAGCUCUUCUUCCCCGUCCCGGUUUGGCGUGGAUUGCCGCAGGGGUCUCUCGGUGCGCACUGUUCGUGAGUUGGGUUUUGGCGGUACUGUUUUGGAGCGCUGUUUCGGAGGAUUUCAGAAUGGCGGAGGGCGGGCCGCUGGGCCUGCUUGUCUUUGCCACAAUCUUCGUGCUCAUCGGCGUCUUGGCCUUCUCUAUACGGUUGUUCUCUGUCAUCAAGUAUGAGAGCAUCAUUCAUGAGUUUGACCCGUACUUUAACUACAGAGUCACUCAGUACUUGACCAAAGCCGGCAUUUAUGAGUUUUGGAACUGGUUCGAUGAUAGAACAUGGUACCCAUUGGGGAGAGUGAUUGGAGGGACUGUUUAUCCAGGCCUCACGUUGACAGCAGGAACCAUGUGGUGGGUGGCACAAGCUAUUAACAUUCCUUUGUCGGUGGAGACGGUGUGUGUUUUCACCGCCCCAGUCUUCUCAGCGUUUGCGUCAUGGGCCACAUUUCUGCUAACCAAGGAAGUGAAGGGUACCGGCGCAGGACUAACCGCGGCAGUCCUUCUUGCUAUGGUUCCAUCGUACAUCUCAAGGUCUGUAGCUGGUAGCUACGACAAUGAAGCAGUUGCUAUAUUUGCUCUUGUUUUGACCUUUUACUUGUAUGUCAAGACGUUGAACACAGGGUCACUUUUCUAUGCGACAUUAAACUCUCUUGCCUACUUCUACAUGACUUGUUCUUGGGGUGGUUACACGUUCAUAAUCAACCUCAUUCCAAUUCAUGUGCUGCUAUGCCUGGUCACUGGCCGUUACUCAUCACGGCUCUACAUUGCUUUUGCACCCUUGGUGGUACUGGGAACUCUUCUAGCAGCUCUUGUGCCUGUGGUGGGUUUUAACGCUGUUAUGACAUCCGAGCACUUCGCCGCUUUUCUGGUAUUUGUCAUCCUGCAUGUCGUUGCCUUAGAGCGCUAUAUUCGGCGUACGCUUGACGAAGCAACCUACCGCAUGGCAUUCACAGUGGUUGUCGCCAUUGGGACGACGGGUGCUGUUGUGCUUGUUGGGAUACUGAUUGCCUUAGUGGCAGCUAGCCCUACAAAAGGAUGGAGUGGACGCAGCCUGAGUUUGCUGGACCCAACCUAUGCAAGCAAGUAUAUCCCAAUCAUUGCUAGUGUUAGCGAGCAUCAGCCACCCACCUGGCCUUCGUAUUUCAUGGACAUCAACAUUUUGGCCUUCCUAGCUCCAGCUGGUAUCAUCGCAUGUUUCCGGCCACUGACAGAUUCAAGCACCUUCAUCAUUCUGUACAUGAUUACAUCCGUGUACUUUUCUGGAGUGAUGGUCCGGCUUAUGCUUGUACUGGCCCCGGCAGCUUGCAUAGUGGGAGGCAUUGCGCUAUCUGCAGCUUUUGAGACUCUCACAAGGUCUAUCAAGUAUGCACCCACGGCACCUCCGGCCUUGUUACUCCCCGCCGAAAAGGAAGAGGCGUCCAGCUCAGGAGCUACACCAGGAUCCUCAGCAGCUACAAGUUCAAAAGAAAAGGCCAAGGAGGCAAGUACGGGAAAGGCGAGAGAGACGGGAAAAGAAAAACCGGCGAAGCGAAAGCAACGGAAAGAGAAAGAAGCUACAGAUAAACUGAUUGCAGGGAAGGAAGCUCCAGAGGAAAAAUUAGCUCUACUUCCCGUGGAGGCAUCUGCUGUUGGUAUUGUGCUCCUCAUUAUGCUGACGAGUUUCUAUGUGGUUCAUUGUGUGUGGGCUGCAGCAGAGGCUUACUCAGCACCUUCAAUUGUGCUGACAUCUCGGACUGAGGAUGGAGUGCACGUCUUUGACGAUUUCAGAGAAGCGUAUGCAUGGCUCAACCAUAAUACUCAUGAAGAUGACAAGGUGGCGUCCUGGUGGGAUUAUGGAUAUCAAACAACUGCAAUGGCGAACAGAACUGUGAUUGUGGACAACAACACGUGGAAUAACACGCACAUAGCUACAGUCGGCAUGGCGAUGUCUUCUCCCGAGAAGGCAGCAUGGGACAUCUACCGAUCCUUGGAUGUGAAAUAUGUGUUCGUCGUUUUUGGAGGAUUAGUAGGUUAUCCAAGCGAUGACAUCAACAAGUUUCUUUGGAUGGUGCGCAUUGGUGGGGGUGUAUUUCCUCACAUCAAGGAGCCUGACUACCUGAGAGACGGCCAGUACCGUAUUGAUAGCCAGGCCACCCAAACGAUGCUCAACUCCCUGAUGUAUAAAUUAUCCUACUACAGGUUUGCAGAAGCCACCAUGGAUGGGAAGGGCUACGAUAGAGUUAGAAGGACCGAAAUUGGGAAAAAGCAGUUCAGACUGACUCACUUUGAAGAGGUUUUUACAAGUCAUCAUUGGAUGGUGCGGAUAUACAAGUUGAAGGAACAAAAGAACAAAGUGCGUGGGAAGAUCAAACGCAAAUCAAAGGCUAGCAAGAGCAAGGCAAGCUCAACAACGAAGAGAAGUGCCUCAAAGGGAAGAUCGCAGAAGUGAGAAAGAGGCGAGAAUGAAUGUAGCCUUAAGUUAUCAGUUGAGGUAGGGAUUAUCAGGCCCUCUGCAGGUAGAGUAGGUUGGAAGUGAGGACAGAAUCUAGAUUGAUGCAUUCAAACAGGUGGGUGGUAGGGCAUGGAGCAGUGUUGGGCGGAUGUCUAGUUUAUCAAAGAACCACGGGCUCCGGUUACUUGAAUUUUACUAUUUCAAGGACUUUCCUAUGUUGGAGUUCCAUGAAUGGAAAUUUAUUGGUCCAUCGUUUUUGC